AUGCUCCUGUUCCAGGGCGACAUCAUGCUGCAAGGGUCUUUGGUUCGAUGGCGGCAUGGCCGAAAGAUGAGCCAGGAGCCGCGUGCUGCCGUGACGCAGCAAAUGCGUUCAUCCACAUCACUGCAGGCAUCCGCAAGCAAUCUCUUCCGAAGCAAAGGCCGGGAAAGAAGAGACAUGAGGCGAACUCACAGCUUCGCAGCUCCCAGGGAGAGGUGCUCCAUCAUGAGCACCAGUAGCGUGAAGCUAAAGGAAGCUAAGCCUCAGGAGUCAAGGCUCCACAAAAGAGCCUCUGCCCCCGUCGUUGAGACGUUUGAGCGGAAUACCAGCGAGCCAGUGGAGGAGCAAACGAUUGAGAAGGGAGAGGAGCAAGAGAAGCAGUCCGAACUUCUAGAUGAUGCUGAACAAGUACCCGAGGGCUCCGUUCAGCUGACUGGCUUCACCGGCGGGAGCUGUAGCUUGAACGGCACCUUCGUGCCUCAGGGGGAUACCAUGAACGGCAAGCAGGUUUACAGCCAGAGCCAAAGCGGCCAGGGAGAUGCAGGGCUCGAGUGUAUGUGGUACCACAACGGCGCCUGGCGCAUCGGGUCCUACAGCUGGUUUAACAGCAAGGAGCUAGGCCGCUGCCAUGCGUAUGUGAAGACCAGCGCCCAAGAUUUAGGUGACAUUGCGCCCUCGGAGACAUGGAUGAGCUGUGAGGGUGCAGCUGGUGGAGAUCCGGACUCAGAUAAGAGUCUAUUCCAGCCUCAAAUGAGCGCGAAAGCAGCAAAGCUGGCACUCGACAGCAUUGCAAAGCGCUCGACCAGCAAGAAAACAUCGCAAGUCCCGAUGGGCAAUACACGAUUAGCAAACAUUCUCGCUGACCAGUCUUGGCGAAAUGAUUUCGAGCUGCCCCCGAUGACACCUCCCAGCAAGGACAGGGCACAGUGGCGAUCGCAGGGCAGCAAAGAGGAGGCGUCGAACCUUGAGGUAAACGAUGCGCAGCAAUCGGCAGCGGACAACUAG